UCCCUUAAUGACGCUAUGGAGCUAAUGCCUCGUUCCCAAUUGUCAGUCAUUAUAAUAAUAAAUUGUUAAUUUCACAGUUUAUGAAUGGAAACGUGUUUCGCUGAUGACUACGUCUAAUCUCACUAUCAUAUUAUGAAUGGAUGUCGUUCUGGAAAGAAAUCACUGUCACACAGAAUAUAUUUGUCUCCACCUACAAUGCCGUAUCAUCUACCAUUGCAGUAUUUAACAAGAUUUCCCUUAAUUGUUGCUGCUGUCUCCAGGCACCCAAUCCAACCGUGGCAUACAGACUGAGCAGAAAAAACUCUUGUCCGUCAAGCCACAUUAAAAUGUGUAAGUUUUUUCUUAAAUCCCUGUCAUAAGCAAUGAUGUACGACAAGAAGUGUGGUAAGGAUUCUUUACGAAAUAUCCUCACCGUCAAUUGUUGACAAUUCAAACCCGACUCUUAUUCCACAAUCUGUUCUUCUCUCGUCCAAAGUUUUUUGCACUAAAUCAUACAAAUACUGUUUAGUUUUCGUUUAUUAAUUCGUUUUUAUAUCAAUAGAUGUCUCUCGAUUCAAUUUUUCACAAUGCUUUUUGCCUUCUGUUCCUUAUAGUUUGCUGUUUUCGUAAACAAACAAAUGAAUGAAUCAAACAUAACAAACAAACUGGGCAUUCAUUCGGAAGAAAAACAUUUUUUUCAUCUUCCCAUGCACACACAUACGUUGUACAACAGACAAAUAUUUGCCCCGAUUCUGCAAUAUCUUCGAUAACCUAUGUUUAUAUUUCGACAGUUAUUUUCUUCGAUAUUGUAUGCCACGCUGUUAUGUCCAAAAAAACCCCAGUUGGUCAGUGUUGAACGUUGACUGAUGUCGACCAACAAUUAGGGUCCUUAAAACAAAUACAUCGACAUAAUACUGUAAACCAAAUCACGAUGUAGCAUUAAUUUCAAAUUCCAGAAAUCAGUUGUGAUUUAUUGACAUCAAAAGAAUUAUCAGGUCGGAACAACUUCCCCCAUCACCAAAAAUGUUGCUUCGCACACAAAUGGCUGGUUUAGAUUUUUAUGAUGCAGUCUUAAACAACGAACUUGCUCAGUUGAAGCGUCUCGUUGCACAAUAUAAAAUUGAUCUCAAUGCUAAAUUUGUUGAGGUCCGCAAAAAGAACCAUGCUGAUUUGUGUCCUAUUCAUCUAACAUCGUAUCGUGGAUAUACUUAUAUGUUACAAUAUUUGAUAGAGUCUAAAUGUGAUGUCAACCAAACGACAACAACUCUUCGAAGGACAGCUUUACACUUUGCAGUUCUUAAACACCGAAUGGCCUGUAUGAUCCUUCUAAUUGGAGCCAAAGCUAAACUUGAUGUAAAAGAUACAUUUGGCAAUUCUCCAUGCCACUAUGCUGCAGAUGAUGGCUAUUGUCAAAUCUUGGAUGUGCUCAUCCGACGGGGGGCUGAUGUUGACUCUCAAGAUAUUACAUCCAAAACUCCACUUAUGAAAGCUGUUCGAAAUACCAAAACAGAUGCUGUUUUAAAAUUAAUUCGUGCCAAUUGUAAACUGAAUAUUACUGAUCGGAAUAGUGACAUGGCGCUUCACUAUGCUGCACGCAACGGUGGAACAGAUAUCAUUGAUCUUCUGAUGGCGUCAGGGAGCCAAGUAGAUGUUCAGAACUAUUGGGGACGUACUCCAUGUAUGGAAGCUGUCUGUUACAACCAGAAAGAGGCAGUUGCUUUAUUGAUCAGAGUCAACUGUGACUUGAACCGGAGAGAAUUCAAAACUGGUGACACAGCACUGCACAUUGCUAUCCGAAGAAACUAUACAUCUGUUGUGAGACUACUACUGGCAGCUGGUAGUCAGCAUGAUAUUUAUAACCAUCAGGGAGAGACAGCUGCAUAUGAUGCAGUGAUAUCUAAUAAAAUUGAAAUCAUUCAAAUGAUGAUUGAACACAACUGUGACCUUGAAGUACCUGGGAAAUAUUACUCGGAUGGAAUAUACAAAUCUUUGUUUCAGAUUGCUGCAGAGAAGGGUAAUUUUGAAAUGUGUCGUCUUUUAGCAAGAUUUGGUUAUCUUGAUUUCAGUGCCAGGAUGUACUUCUAUACAAACUACUUUCCCACACGAGUCAAUGACACAGAGGCUGUAGUUCAGUGGCUUCGGAAAAAGUUGCAAACUGUCACAUCUCUACAAGUCUUGUGCCGCAAAUGUAUUCGCAAACGCCUUGGUCACAAGAUAGUUCAAAAUGCUGAAGAUCUUCCAGUUCCUCGUGCUCUCAAAGAUUAUGUCAUUAUCAAAGAAAUGCAUGAACAGAUGAUGAGUACAUGCUGAAAGUAAUUCAACAUCACUUAAACAAUGAAACAAUACUUUUAUAUAUAUAUAUAUAUAUAUAUAUGACUGUAUCCAGAUAUAUAUAUAUAUAUAUAAAUAUAUCUGACAGGGAAAUGACAAGUUUCCAGGCAGAUAUUGCAGGUGUAUAAUAAACAAGGAACCAUUCUCAGUUAUAAAAUUCCAGUUUAGAGUCUAAAAAAAGUAUUUAUUGCUGUUUAAGUAAACCUUCAGAGUAUAAAAUUCUGGUUUAUUUUGUUGCAAA